GUCACCGGUUGUAAAGAAAUGUACCAAUUUAUAUCUUUGUAAGUGAUUAAAGUGAGCAUAGCUAUAUGUAAAGCCCAGCUUUGUACAAUCAAACAGUGCAACAGCAAAUACACAUUAGUAGAAAGCAGAAGACAUCGAGAGAAAAAGUGAAGAUUCGUCACUAGAACCGGGCUCACGGAUCGUGGCAGGAGCGUGUUUUUCCCGUGUCCAGCCACAGCCGCUGCUCAACCCAGCUUUCGUCGCCAUAUCCGAGCCGGCUCUCGCUUUACUGGGACUGAGUGUGGACGAUGUUUUACCUGACCCACACGGGGCGGAAUAUCUGAGCGGCUCUCGGAUGAUUCCGGGCUCCGAGCCCGCUGCUCACUGCUACUGUGGACACCAGUUUGGCCAGUUCGCCGGGCAGCUGGGUGACGGUGCUGUGUGUUAUUUGGGGGAGGUGGAGGCCGGUGCUGAGCAAAGUUCUGACCCGACCAAGAGAACCCCUUGUGGCCGGUGGGAAAUUCAGGUUAAAGGCGCUGGGCUGACACCUUAUUCUCGGCUGUCUGAUGGGCGUAAAGUGCUCCGCUCCAGCAUUCGAGAGUUCCUGUGCAGUGAGGCCAUGUUUGCACUGGGAAUUCCCACAACACGAGCAGGAUCACUGGUGACCUCUGAUCUUUAUGUCCAGAGGGAUACGUUCUACAGUGGCAAUCCCAGACCAGAGAGGUGCUCAGUGGUUCUCAGAAUAGCACCCACCUUUAUCAGAUUUGGCUCGUUUGAGAUCUUUCACCCUGUGGACGACUUCACUGGAAGACAUGGCCCGAGUGUUGGACGACCUGACAUCCGAGCACAGCUUCUGGAUUAUGUCAUUGAAACAUUCUACCCUGAGACACAAAUAAGAUAUUUAGACCGCCUAGAGAGGAAUGCUUCCUUCUUCAGAGAGGUGACCGUGAGGACCGCCAAACUGGUUGCCCUGUGGCAAAGUGUGGGAUUUUGUCAUGGAGUUCUCAACACAGACAACAUGAGCAUCUUGGGCCUCACUAUAGACUACGGCCCAUUUGGCUUCAUGGACAGGUUUGACCCUGAGUUCGUGAGCAAUGCCUCUGAUAAGAAACAGCGUUACUCUUAUGAAGCUCAGCCAUAUAUAUGCCGCUGGAACUUGGCACGUUUGGCAGAAGCUCUUGGCUCGGAGCUCCAGUCAUCCAAAGCAGGGGCCAUGUUAGAUGAGUUCAUGACCAUUUAUCAGGACUUCUACAUGUACAACAUGAGGAAGAAGCUGGGUCUUCUGAGACAACAAGAAGCAGAGGAUGUAGAACUGGUGGCGGAUUUAUUAAAGACCAUGCACAUCACAGGUGCCGACUUCACAAACACAUUUCGUCUGCUGAGUGCUGUGUCCUGUCCUAUAGGUGAACAGAAAGACAGCACAGACUCAGUAGUGGAACUGAUCAUGGAACAGUGUGCCUCGCUGGAGGAACUAAAGCACGUUGCAAGAAAGGCAAGGCAAGAGAAUUGUGAGUUGGAGAUGAUUCUGUCCAUGGCUGACACAAAUCCAGGUAUGUUUAACAUGGUAGCUAAUCAGCCAGAGGUUGCCAAACAACUGGAGAAGAUUGGCAGGCUGAAGGAGCUUUUCACGAUCAAUGAGGCGGAGCUAAAAGUCAAGCAGAUAGAUCACUGGCAAAGAUGGGUCAAACUAUACAGGAGACGUCUGGCCCGUGAAUGUGACGCAGCAAGUGACCCUGCAGAGGUAGAGAAAGAGCGGGUCGAAACUAUGAACUCCACUAAUCCUGCCAUUGUGCUGCGGAAUUACAUUGCCCAGAAUGCAAUUGAAGCUGCUGAAAAGGGGGAUUUUUCAGAGGUUCAACAGCUGCUUAAGGUUUUAGAGAACCCUUAUUUGUUCAGUCGAGAUCUGGAGCAUCAAGUAUGGUCAGCAGGAAUUGGUUCAGACCAAGCUGAUGGCAACAGCAUUAAGAGACAAGAAGUUAAGGAGAACACAAAAAGAAAAGCAGCAACUGAUACGCACCAGAUACCAUACAACAGUAAACCUCCAUCAUGGGCUAGAACGAUCUGUGUCACAUGAUCAUCCUAAAGCCUCCCAAACAUCACAGCCCAGUCCAAAACAGAAAGCUUAAGCAACACACAGCACUCCAUAUCAGAUAAAGCGGAAAUGUCUAGAUGUUAAUAGGUAUAAUAAACAAGGCAUAAUUUCUGUUCAAUUAAAAAUAUGUUUUAUUACUAUGAAAUUGAGAAACAGAUUAAAUUAUUCAUAUUUUAAUUAACCUUUAGUUAUUUUUGCAAUAUCUGAUUAAUGAAGACUCUGAUGUUCAGCUUAGCAGGCCUGUCUGAGUUUGAAUAACAAGGAGUGUCUUGUGCAUCAUAUAACCACAUAUCUUUAAUUAUUACCCAUCAAUUUUAAUAGAUAUUUCAAAACGUAAUAGCUUAAACAAAGUAUUAUGUAGAAAUAUGACAAAAUGUCCAAGACUUUUUUUCUGCAAACAUUAAAAAUGGUUUUCUUGUUUCUAUUUUUUAAAUCUUGGUAAACACUAUAAAAGUAGUCUAUAAAAGUCUUCUGAAAACUUCCAUAAUAAAUUUAGUGAGUGGCAUAUUUAAUUAAAAAGAGAUAUAUGAAAUGCAAAUACACUUAGCCACAAAUAAGUAAAUCAUUUCUGUGGAUUUUGUUUCUACUUACAAUAUUUGAAAUAAAUGUUCACUUAAUGUCAUGUUUUUUGCCUCCACAAUUUUAUUUCAUGUGAUUAUGAACAAAUAGUUAAAUUUUUGAAGCAUAAAUUUCAUCUGAAUUUUAUGAUAGUAACAGUAUAGAACCUCCUGUCCAUAUAAAUCUAUGUAUAGUUCUAAUAUAAUGAGCUGAACAUGAUUUCACAUAUAUUUGGAUUGAAAAGGAAACUACGGCCGAAUGCUGUUCAUUGACUUCAGUUCAGCAUUUAACACCAUCAUCCCUCAGCAGCUUAUAGAGAAGCUCUGAACACCUCUCUCUGUAACUGGAUCCUGGACUUUCUGACACGCAGACCUCAAUCAGUCCGGAUCGGGAACAGCAUCUCCAGCACCACCACACUGAACACUGGAGAUCCUCAGGGCUGUGUGCUCAGUCCACUGCUGUUCACUUUGCUGACUCACGACUGUGCAGCGAUGCACAGCUCCAAUCACAUAAUCAGAUUCGCUGAUGACACGACCGUGGUGGGUCUCAUCAGCAAGAACGACGAGUCAGCAUACAGCGAUGAUAUGCAGCAGUUUUCAACAUGGUGUAGAGCCAACAAUCUAUCUCUGAAUGUCGACAAGACCAAGGAGAUGAUUGUUGACUUCAAGCGAGCAAAGAGUGACCAUCCUCCGCUGUCUAUUGCGGAUCCAGGGUGGAGACUGUCAGGAGCACCAAAUUCCUUGGUGUUCAUCUGGUGGAUAACUUCACCUGGUCACUCAACACCAGCUCCAUCACCAAGAAAACCCAGCAGUGCCUCUACUUCCUGAGGAGGCUGAGGAAAGCUCAUCUCCCUCCACCCAUCCUGACUAUGUUUUAUAGAGGGACCAUUGAGAGCGUCCUGUGCAGCUGCAUCACUGCCUGGUUUGGGAAUUGCAGUGAAUCGGAUCACAAGACCCUUCAGAGGAUAGUGAGGACAGCUUAAAAGAUCACUGGCGUCUCUCUGCCCUCACAGACAUCUACACCACACACUGCAUCCACAAAGCGCACAAUAUAACACAUGACCCUUCACACACACUAUUCAGAGGACAUCCGUUUACAAGUACUUUGAAUUAUUCAUCC